AGCCAGCUUGUUCCUACCCACAGAGCUUUGCAGUUUUCAGUAGGAACACGUCGCUGCCUUUGAACGUUGAGCCCAGUCACCUGAAAAGAAGUUUGGGUGAAGGAGCCCAAACUUUGGGAUAAUGUCUGAUUUGUUAGAGCAGUCAGCUUUUCAAACGGAAGACAGCAUGGAAAUAGAGCUGGGGAAAGGUCCUUUCACACAACCACUGAUUUGUUAGAGCAGUCAGCUUUUCAAACGGAAGACAGCAUGGAAAUAGAGCUGGGGAAAGGUCCUUUCACACAACCAGGAAGCCACGAAAGGUCUUUAUGAGCAACAGACAUGGCUAAUUAGCAUUUCUAAUGCUGUUUAAUGUUCGGUUUACUUUACAUCAUGUCUGCUGCUUGUAAGUUCUGAGAAGCUCUAACACGUGUAUACAUAUGGGCGGGCACAGGUGGUUUUCGAACAUAGCACUUACCAGUGAUCAGUGAUAAUCUAAGCACCGCUCCAGGUUCAAGUCCUAGACUGUGCCACUGGCUUUGCCAGGCUUUAAAUCGAAUGACCAUUGAAAAGACUUAAGUGAAUAACGCUAGCCAGCUCUAGGUACUGGAGAAGAGUGAUCAAAGACACCCUAAAUGAAACCCGUAGCUCUGAGUUUGUAAAUGAAGACUAACAGGAGAACUCUCGCAGGAAACGUUCAUCAAAAACUUUCAUCAUCACUUAUGAUAUUAAAAUUAAGAGCGUUAAGAGAAGCAGAAUGGGCUGGGGGUGUGGCUGGAUCGUAGACUAACCUAUGGUGUGUGCUAGGCCCUAGCCUAGAUGCCAGCUCUGGAAAGAAGAAAGCACUAAAAGUGCACUUGCGGCAUUGUUCCUUUGCCCCUCCGCGGUGACUGAGCGUGCUAUCCCGUAUUUAGGUGGUGCGGUUGUAAUGCAGCACCGCUGUGGUGGAGAAUCAACACCCAGCUAUAGCAAUGAGGAGAGGCGGCGGCUGUCCGGCUCACACAGAAGCUUUACCGAUUGCUUCUUCCUCCCUCUGCAUCCUAGCUGCAGUACAGCAGUGGCGAGCGGAAGGAAGGGUAGCUGCAUGGCUGCACAUCCCCAUCCUGCAGAGCCACUUCAUCGCCCCUGCUGCUUCCCUGGGCUUUCGCUUCCACCACGCAGAGCUGCACUCCUCGACGCUGACUCUCUGGCUAGGCGAAGGACCCAGCAGACUGCCAGGAUAUGCUACGCAUCAAGUCGGGGUUGCAGGUGCCGUAUUUGAUGGCAGCACCAGAAAAGUACUCGUUGUACAAGACCGAAAUAAAUUGAAAAAUAUGUGGAAGUUUCCAGGAGGCCUGUCAGAACCUGGAGAAGAUAUUGGAGACACAGCAGUCCGAGAGGUUUAUGAAGAGACCAGUGUGAGGUCAGAAUUCAGGUCCCUGCUGAGCAUCCGGCAGCAGCACGGGAGCCCUGGAGCCUUCGGGAAGUCAGACCUGUACCUGGUAUGCCGCCUGCAGCCGCUCUCCUUCGCCAUCAACCUCUGCCAGCAGGAGUGCUUGAAGUGCGAAUGGGUCGAUCUAGAAGACCUGGCCAGGACUAAAAACACGACCCCCGUCACUAGCAGGGUGGCUAGGCUCCUGCUGUACGGACACAGGGAAGGGUUUGACAGAAUUGACCUCAGCAUGGAGGAACUCCCUGCGGUGUACACAGGCCUGUUCUACAAGCUCUAUCACAGGGAAUUGCCAGAGCGCUACAAAGCCGUAACCGCAGCAGACUGAAUGCAAACAUUCGUACCUGCACCCAGUUUUCUCACAUGCAUAAUUCCCAUGAUGGAGAUUUGUAAAUAUACAUAUUUUUAAAUCCUCUUUUCAAAUAAAGAAAAUAAACGAAAAA